AGCACAUUUUCAAACGUCAUGGUCACUCUAACAACGUUGCAAGUUGUUCAUGACUGUGGUCGAAAGGUUGAGGAAACACGUGUGAAUUUCAAGCGCCGCUUGAAACUCCGAUUUUGAUUCCGGAAGCUUCGGCACCUGAGUUGUUUUGAACUCUAUCUGCGACGGGCAUCUGAUCAGGUCGUUGCAGCGCUUAUUCGUUGCCUCUCAAAAAGUCCCUUCCGCCUCUUGCGAAUCUCUUGUCUACCGUCUAGUGCUUUUCGCUAUGUCUGGCUCGUCUAAGAAAUCUUCGGGACCCCCAGUGACAUAUGAAGUCGGAGAUAUUGUCCUCGCGAAGAUUAAGGGUUAUCCCCCAUGGCCAGCUCGCAUCGUGGAUCCUGACUCUGUUCCUUCGGCGGUCAAGAAGGAACGUCCAAAGGGGGCUAAGAACACCUUCUACUGCGUUCGCUUUUACCCUGUGGGUGACCAUGCAUGGCAAAUCGCAAAAGACAUGUCCAAGUUAUUGAAGCAUGAGAUUGAGGCCUACAUCCGGGAGCCAUCUAAAAAGAAUGCAGAGCUAAUGGAGGCGUACAAAACAGCACUGGACCCCACCGAAUGGGAAGCUCGCCAAGCCAAACUGCUACAGGAAGCAGAGGAGGAGGAGAAAAAUGCUCCCGUUGACGAGCUAGAAGAUGAAGAGGAUGAGGAGGACGAGGAGGACGAGAAACCUGCCACAAAAAAACGCAAGCGCACAGACGAAUUGGCCAGAAAGUCGAAGCCUAGGACACCGAAAGGGAAAAAGGAGGCCAAGGCCAAGUCCGAGGAGGCGACACCCAAAUCUAGGAAAGGUCGAGGGAAGAAAAACGGUGUUUUAUCUGCAGAGACCGUUGAAAGUGAAGAUGAAGCGGCUGUUGUCGAUGCAAAGACCGAUGCUGCACGGCACGCAAAGCGUUCUAAGAAGGAAGAGGAGGAGGACGGGGACGAGGCACUGGGGCCCGAAGGCAAGAAAGUUAAGACUUGGAGACACGACCUGCAGCGUACCUUCUUACCGAAGUCGGGCAAUCCUAAAGCAGAGGAUAUGAAAGAUUCCUCGGACCUCAUGACGACACUGGAGAAUUAUACUCCUCAACUAACGCUGGAUUUAAUGACCCAGUCCAAGAUCGGCAAAGUCAUGCGAAGAAUUGCUGGACUUCCAGACGGUGUCAUUCCAAUGGUGAUGAGCACAACAUUCGCGAACGCGCCCAGACACUGGUUUCCGAGUGGAGCAAAAUCGCAGGUGCAAACGCGGCCUCUGCGGCCCCUACGACAGCGACCAACGGCGAUGCGUUGAUGGCCGAUGCGUCAGCCGACGCUGAUGCUCAUGCCGAGCCUGAUCCGACAAAUAGUGAAGCGCUCAAAGAGGACGAGAAUAAGAUGAGCGCUGCAACGGAUGCGGUGGAGACAACAGCGGAGGAUCCUGCAACGAAACCAGAGGCUGCUGCCACAGAGUCUGCCGAACAAACCAAUGCUAACGCAGACACAGAAAUGGCAGCAGCUCCAGGCGAUGCAUGAAAGGUUCCGAGCUCACUUUUAUGACUUCCCUACUUUGCUGAUAAUCCGU